AUAUGUUGUACAGUCGAGUUGAGAGAAGUUUUACUGUUGUAGCAACUAUAAUGGAUUGUGAAAAGAAUAAAUAUAACAUUUUUACUUACACUGUGCACAUCAUAUGACUUAGUCGAACAAAACGUGACAAGAUGUAAUUUAUGUAAAAUCCGAUUUGUCAUUUGAUUUGCUAUUUAAAACGAUUCAAUUUCAAACUGCUUAUCAUUUGACUCAAAGAUAUCUAGCAGUUGACAACUAAAUGGCGGCCACUCUUGCUCACAAAAUGUUUAGCAACGUCAGAGACAGAGGCACAACUAUAGGAGUAAAAGCCUUUAUGAUGAUAAGGACAGCUGCCUCAACCUCGUCGUCUGCCAAAGUAAAAUCUGGAGGCGAAUAUUCUCUGGGAAAUAAUGACGUGUCUUGGAAAACGAAACCGAGAAAUGAAUUGAACGUCACGGCAAAUUCCCCAUCUUGGAUUCAUCAACUUAAUACCCAUGGUUACGCUGUUGUACCAAAUGUUCUUUCCUCUCAGGAAUGUGAUCACAUCAUUGAGCAAGCCUGGGAGUGGCUUUUCAAGCUGGGAACUGGUAUCAACCGCGGAGACCCAAAAACGUGGACAAAUGAGCGGUGGCCAAGUAAUUUCAACGGUAUCAUUCAAAGAUAUCGUAUCGGACAUGCGCCGUUCAUAUGGAAGGCCCGGACAAACCCAAAUGUGAUCGGGGUAUUCAAGGAGAUCUGGGGAACAGGAGAACUGUUGACUAGUUUUGACGCAAUGUGCAUCUUGCGACCGGCUGAGAUGGUUGAAGAUUUAGAGUACACACAAAGCUGGUUCCACACUGAUCAAAGUCCGAAGAAGAAAGGCUUUCAUUGCGUUCAAGGUGUUCUUAACUUGGAAGAGGCUUUUACUGAAGACGCUGGAUUUGCUUGUUAUCCAGGAAGCCACAGUUUACAUCAAGAACUGUUCCAGCGUAACAAUGAAUACAAUUCUGAAAUGGAUUUUAAUAUUAUAUCGAAGGACGACCUAGAAUGGGUGGAACACAACAAAGGUUUAGUUCCGACUCGAAUCCCCGCACCAAAAGGCAGCUUCGUUGUAUUUGAUAGCAGACUACUUCAUUGCAAUGUUCCUGCCAACGUUCCCCGCCAGAACCCAAGAUGGCGGUAUACAUUGUAUAUUUGUAUGACACCACGUGCUUGGGCUGACCAGAAUACUCUGCAGGCUCGAGUUAAAGCGUUCAGAAAUCAGCAAAUGACAACGCAUUGGCCACAUCACCUUGGCUUGUUUCCUGAUGAUCCUGAUUUUCCAAUGUUACCGAAAUUUGAUCUGGGUGAUGUUGGAGAGAAAUUAGUUGGUCUCAAGGAUUAUAGCGGUAAUAAACUUGUUUUAAAAGAUGGGGUCGAAUCUGAAAGUGGAUUUAAGCCGCAUGACCGACCAGCGCUUUGAAAUCGUAUCUUCAAUAUUAUGUACGAUUAGCAACGUUUGAGUUGUCAAAACUGAAAUAUUUUUCCAGUGCUGUAGAAAUGAAUUCACAAAAGGGGGGGGGGGGUUGCUCUUUUUGAAACUGAGAUAACUAAUAGAUCAUGACUCGUGGUAAGACCCAUAUAUUAAUAAACACUAGACUCCUGGAAUAGACUAAUUGUAGUUUUCCAUUAAGCUAAUUAUUCGAUCGAACGAAAUUUUUCGCCUGAUUUUCAAUUGUGAGAAUUUGACCAUACGGGAUUCACUUGACCCCAAUGAAGGCAGAUUUUGACGUUCGGGCUUCGCGAGUGAAAAUAUUGACUCAUCAUGAAAGGCUGAAAAAGAAAUUGAAAAAGUUGAAAAACAACUUGCCUGUAUUUAUCAUGAAACGUUCCAGUGUAAGCCUACACCUAAUUACACGCACCGAAGCUAGCUGCUGGGUUUAUGCACGAGAAGAUGGGGGCUUUUUCACACGAAUGCAUUAGUGUCAGUAAAGUCUUUAUUGUAAAAUCGUAAACUACAAUCAAUAACAAUAUAUUAUAUCGUAAACGAAAGUAAAUUUAUAUAUAUGGUACUAAAGUAUGUAUGGAUGUAUGUAUGACUUUCACGGAAAUUCUAGACCUCAAAAAACUAUACCCUAUUUCCCCUUCGAGAUACUACCCAAGACCUGAAGAAUACUGUAGGAAAAAUAAACCGUUCUUUUGAGGCUGUUUGAUUAAGUUUAGAUUUAAUUGGGGUAAGAAUAGAUUUGAUACAUGUAGAUUCUCGUCCUAUUUUAAUAAUAUCGCUGCUAUUU